UUGAGUGUAGUCAAACGAAAAGAGAAGAAGUUUUCAAACAGAACACAUCGUGUUUUAGGCCCCUCCACCCAAAUAUAAACACAAACACAAACACAAACACGAACACGAACGUAACAAAUUUCAAAUGGAAAAAUUGACCCCCAUUGAGAAGGAGGAGGAAGACAGUAUGCCAAAAUCAAUUUCAAGUCAAAUCAAGAGGAUGGAGAAGCACAUGAAGCGAGCCCGGAAGUACCAGCGGGAAGUGCGCCAACAAAUCGAAGAGAUGCAGCAGCUUGGCAGCGAUUUCCUCAAGAAUCAAAAGGUGCCAGAGGCCCAGCCACAAGAAGGUGGCCUAGUGCCAAGCCAUGGGCAACACCAGAACUUUGCUGGGACAAACCCCAACAAGAAUAAAGCAGCAGCUCCGAGAGUUAAUCUACGCCGUGAGCCGAAUGUCCGUCCGGCCCGUGCACCGCGUCCAGCAAGAAUGUGAAUGCGGCAACGCCCUUGGGAGUGAUGAUUUCGUAUCGGCGUUAGAGGUGGAUUAGCACCCUAAAAAGCACCUUCCAGGCGGAAGAGGACCGCUACUUAGCGAGGAAUCAGAGCUCCCCCUCGUUCUGCUCUUUAUUGUGUUAUAUAUAAGUUAAUAAUAUGGCGGAAGACUCUUUUGUCGUGGCCCCAAAACAAGGCACGGUCACCGCUUA